CCACAGCUAAGCAGUGGGACCCAGGGAAGGAACCAGGUGGAGCAAUCCAAGUUUUCAUCCUUGGUGAGGUAUUUCUGCAAGCCCCAAGGGGACAGCCCCACAGGUAAUCCCCCCUUCCCAUCUGACUCUGCUGGGAGAUGCUCAGGUGACAGCUUUGUGGGUGUCUUCUCCUGAAAGGAAAGAGACCCUGAAACCCUUGGGGUUGUGAGGCCACAAAGGUUAUUUGGCAAAGAGAAAUGUUGCAAGGAAGAAUCCUCUUUUCCAUGCAGUUUUACCUGAUCCUUCAUUCAUAGAGAAGCUUCAUCAGCCCUAGGGAGGAGGCUCCUCGCAACUCUUCCUCCACCUCCACUGGCCAAUGAUGUCCUUGUGGUCACCCAGCCCCAGUAACCCUCCUUCUCUCCAGUGGCUGCAAAAACCACAUGGAUAUGAAAAAACUCAGCAAUGGGGAAAGAGCUGGGGUGUGGGAUGGGGAAUCCCUCAGUACCUUCAGCUGGUGGCUGGGGAAUAACCUGACAACCCUUCAGAGUGUUUCACGGCUUCUUCUCCUCUUCAGCCAGUGCUGGCUGCAAGCUGUGUCCCCAGGACUGGCAGCUCCAUGGGGAAAGAUGCUACUGGCUUUCUGAAGAAUUGGGAAACUGGACUCAAGGCAUGAAAAAUUGUGAAAAUCAGGAUUCCCAGCUGGUGGUGCUCCAGGACAAGAAAGAAAAGGAGCACAUCGAGACUGUUACAGGCAAGAGCCCACCACCUGUGUGGAUUGGAUUAAGGUCACAUCAGAAGGUGUGGAGAUGGGUGGACAACACACCUUUCAACCCCAAAAUGAAUGGCUUACUCCAGAAGGACAAAAACCUGAAACUCAGACAUACAGCCAAGGGAUUGAAUUAGCCUGCCAAAAAGAAAGAGAGUUUGUGAAGCACUCUGUAGAAUGCACAUGGAACCUAGCAGAAGCCCAGCAAAAAUUUGGUAAUUUAGCACUGCAUAAUUCAGAAUCCUGUGAUCAGGAAUCUGCUCAAGCAAGGACAGAAGCUGCUGAGUUGAGAUGGAGAGAGGAAGAGUGGAGAAGAAAAGAGGAAGCACUAAACCAGAGGGAACGACAGAAUCUAUGGAACACGGAUCCUGUUAGUAAAGAAGUUUUCAAUAAGAGUUUUAUUAAUCAAAAAAGAAAAGAAAUUGAAGAUGAAGCUGUGUCUGAACCACUUAUGCAAAAACAUGAACAAAAGAUUAGACACUUUGGCAUGCUGAGCAGAUGGGAUGAUAGUCAAAGGUUUUUAUCUGAUCAUCCAUACCUUGUAUGUGAAGAAACAUCUAGGUAUCUCAUGUUGUGGUGUUUUCAUCUAGAAGCUGAACAGAAAAGAGCUCUGAUGGAGCAAGUAGCACACCAAGCAGUUGUAAUGCAGUUUAUUAUAGAAAUUGCCAGAAGCUGCAAUGUGGAUCCAAGAGGAUGUUUUCGUCUCUUUUUCCAAAAAGCCAAAACAGGAGAAGGCUACUUUGAGGCCUUUAAAAAUGAACUUGAGGCAUUCAAGACAAGAGUGAGAAUCUGGUCACAAUCACAUGGCUUUCAAACCAUGUUACUCCAUGAUCUCAAUGUCAGUCCUGGUUGUGUGGGAGAGUGGGCAUCUUUUUUUCAGAACACAGGAGAUCUGCAAGGUUCCAUAAACACAGAUGUCUGCAGUUUCAACUCUGUGAUACAAAGAGAUGAAGAAGAAUCCAAAAUGAUGGACACAUUAUAGUACUUUUAAGACUGAGGCCAAGUACUCUAUUAUUUCCCCUUUGGUUUUGUUUUGUUUUUUUUUCCCCAAAGAAACAAACAUGGCUAUUUUCUUGACACUUAUUUUUCUGGGUACUGCACUUUAUUUUUCGUGUCAGAUUUUUGUUGUUUUUGUUUGAUUUGGGCAGGGGGAGGGACUUUGAAGGGUAAUUACGGAAAGAACUUGUAAUAUUGUUUGAAAUGUGCUGCUAGGUUUUUAGUUGUCCUUGAAGAGCAGGGUUCUUUUAUUGCCGAAUGUGAAACUGGAUGUGUUUUCUGCUACUAACCUUGCCUUUCAUGACUUUAGAAAUUAAACAUCUGCACAAAUACAAUGUUUACAAGAAGCAGCAGAUUCUUGGUAGAAUCUGCUAUUGUCUUACUACAGAUGUGGAUAUGUUUUACUCUGAGUAUUGGAGAUCGCAACUGUAUUCAUGCUACCUUGCUGACAGUAUAAGCUCUCAAAUUUGGUUAUCACUAAUAGCAAUAAAUCAGUAUCUGGUAUCAGUAUUUCUGAUCUGAAUGGAUUAGAUUAAAACACUGGCUUUCUACCUCUACUAAGGGGAUCUAAAUGUUAUAUUGUACUUUCAUUAAACAUAACUUGGUUUAAUCCUAUAACAUAA